GACAUCAUUUAAGUUGCCCUCUUAUUUUCACUGGCAUCCAUGGGAUAUAUAUGACAAGGCUAACCAUUGGACACGAAAUUUAAUAGACUCAUGGGACAGAAAAACGCCAGACAGUCCAAUUGCAUCCCUUCUACAAACAAUGAUUUUUUACGACCGACAAGGAAAGCCACAUAAGCCUUCUGGAAUAAACCUAGCUGCCAGGAGAUCAUUUGAAUGUUCAGUAAAGAGGCCGCAUUUACCGGUAUAUCCCGAGAAUCGGUCGACUAGAAGGAAAAAAAGGAACUAUGCCAAAGGCGCAACUUUAUGGGAAAAUCGUAAAGUUCCAUACAAACUUGACGAAUCAUUCAGCCAGGAAAUGAAGGAUAAAAUUUUAUGGGCUUUCAAGAUUUUCAAAGAACUCACCUGUGUUCAGUUUGAAAAAUAUGAAAGUGAAAACGAGCCGUACAUUCACUUAACUCACAGGUAAUAAUUUACACCCAGUAAGCAUUCAUGUAAAAUACUUAUAUGUUAUUGUUUUAAAACUUCAAGUAUACACAGUGCAGUUCAGGUGCACAAUGGAAAUAUCGACAAUAAUUUGUAAUUAAAAAAUGUAUACAUAAACUGGAUGACGAUUACUUUAAUAAGUACAUUAUUUAUAUCGAAUGAUUGUAAUUACGGUUAAUAACUUCAUGUUGACGACGAUCAGAUUUUA